UGGAGGAGAAAGCUCCAAAUAGAAAGUUACAGUAGUUGUUCCACUCUAGUUGCAGUUUCCUUCUCAGCAACAAAUAGUAUAAUAGCAAUGAAAACGAUGAUUGAUGAACGAUAGCUACAUGUCUAGUGAAAAGUAGCACAAAUCAUGCUGCUCUUCCUAGUCCAGCCAAAACAGCGUUUACUUUUUGAGUUAGAAAAUGCAGUAAUGACGAAAUACAACUUUGUUAAUUCUUCCAUUGAUGCUGCCUGUGCAGAGCAAAAGGGAAGGGGGAAAUUUGAAGAAGGGAAUUAGGUCAUGGAGGUCGAUUCUAGUGGGAAUCCUAAUUGGUUAUUUGAUUAUGAGUUGAUGACGGAUAUUACUUCUGCUGCAUCUGUUACCGUCGCUGAGUUUCAGUCUCCGGCUACUAUUGAUUUCAGCUGGCCUGCUCAAACGAUCUAUGCUUCUUCUAAUCUCAUUACUGAAACAGAUUACACAUUUGCGGAUUCAGAAGUUAGCAAGGAGGCAAGCUCACGAAAGCGGUUAAAAAGUGAAUGUUGCAGCUCUCCGAGAUCUAAGGCAUGCAGAGAGAAAUUGCGGAGGGACAGACUGAAUGAGAGGUUCCUCGCAUUGAGCUCUGUCCUUGAUCCUGGAAGGCCACCAAAAACUGAGAAAGUUGCAAUUCUAAGUGAUGCUCAAAGGAUGCUGAUUGAGCUGCGAACUGAAACCCAGAAGCUGAAGGAGUCAAAUGAGGAGCUGCAAGAGAAGAUAAAAGAACUUAAGGCAGAGAAGAAUGAGCUCCGAGAUGAAAAGCAAAGGCUAAAGGAAGAAAAGGAUAAUUUGGAGCAGCAGGUUAAAAGCUUAGCUUCUAAAGCAGGAUUUCUCUCCCAUCCUUCUGCCAUGGGAGCUGCAUUUACUGCACAAGGACAAGUUGCUGCAGGCAACAAAUUGAUGCCUUUCAUUGGUUAUCCCAGUGUUGCGAUGUGGCAAUUCAUGCAACCUGCUGUUGUUGACACAUCUCAAGAUCAUGUGCUCCGUCCUCCAGUUGCUUAAGCUGGAUUUGCCAGGUGACUUGCUACUGGAGCUUUGCUCUUUUUGUUGCUCCUGUGAGUGCUAAAAGUGACAAACAACUGAGACAAUUUGCUGGUUGUAUUUGUAUGUCUAGCUUUUAUGUAUGUGUCAGUCUUGAUGGUUUGCUUAAUCAUGUAUAUGGCGGGUGUAUACUCACCCGAAAAACAAUUAUGUAUUAUGAUUCCCUAGAUGGGAUUCCUUCUGAAAUAAUUAAACUUGGUUGUAUGCACAUUAUACCCUGUUUUAGCUAAGCAUGCUUCUGCACUCA